AAUCCCGUUAGAACGUGCAUGUAAGAAACUCAAGGCUUGUAAGCCAAAGACAGCAUGACAUUCUAACAUUUGACCAAAGUCAUUUGCUUUGGACACUUACAUACCUGCGCAUCUGUUUGGUGAGGGAAGAACAAUGUUAGGAGACAUGAUUCUGAGGGCUUUCAGACUGACAGUGAGGGUGUCUGCAGCGGUUCAGAGCCGCCGUCAGUGUCCAGCCCUUCAGUCAAGCAGAGCUCUGCACUCCAGCCCUGCGCUCUGGGCAGGACACAACAAAUGGUCCAAAGUAAAGGACAUUAAAAUACCCAAAGAUGCUGCUCGGUCCCGGAUAAUUGCCAAGUACACCAUGAUGAUCAGGAUUGCAGUAAGAGAGGGAGGACCCAAUCCAGAAUUUAAUGUUGCUUUGGCACAACUUCUAGAGCAGUGUCGGAACAAAAAUCUACCGAAAGCCACCAUAGAAGGAGCUAUAAAAGGAGCCGUAAGACAGAUUUUACAGUGAUAAAUAGCAUAUCUACUAUAUAGACAGACAGA